AUGAUCCGUCUCCGCAGCUGCAUCCUCACCCAUCUCCUCCAUUCGCCCCCCGCCUCUCCCAUCUCUCUCCGCCGUCUCCUCUCAACCACAGAGCCGGUGCCCCCCGUUCCGGCAAAUCCGGGCUUCGCCGUCGAGGACUACCUCGUCGCCACCUGCGGCCUCACCCGACCCCAGGCCCUCAAGGCUUCCCUUAAACUCUCCGGCCUCAAGUCACCCUCCAAGCCCGACUCCGUCCUCGCCCUCCUCGCCGGCCUCGGCCUCUCGAGCGCCGACGUCGCCGCCCUCGUCGCCGCUGACCCGCGGUUGCUCUGCGCCAAAGUGGACACACUAACCUCCAAUGUCGCGGGGCUCGCCGGCAUGGGCAUGUCGCGUUCUCAGAUCGCUCAGCUCGUUAUGCUCGGCUGCACUAUCUUCCGCUGCAAACCCGUCGUCUCCAGGCUGCACUACUACCUGCCCCUCUUCAGAUCCCCGGAGAACCUCCUUCGCGUUCUCAAGCAGAACUCCUACCUCCUGUCAUCCAACAUCGACAAGGUGGUAGAGCCCAACGUCGUAUUCCUGCGGGAGUGCGGGCUAGGUGCUUGUGAUAUUGCCAAGCUGUGCACCUCUCUUCCGAGGCUGCUUAGCAUCAAACCAGAGAAGGCUGUCGCGUUCCGCGGCGAGGAGAAGAUCGCCGCCGAAGUGGCGUACUUGAAGAGGACGUUCAGGUGGUCCGAUGCUGAGGUGGGCAUUGCUGUCUGUAGGUCUCCAAUGGUGCUGUCGAGGUCUGAGGACACGCUCCUGCGUAUGUCCGAGUUCCUUAUCUCUGAGGUGGGGCUGGAACCGGCGUACAUUGCUCCUCGGUCAGUAAUGCUCUGUCUUAGCCUCGAGGGUCGACUGAGGCCUCGGUACUAUGUUACGAAGUUCCUUAAGGAAAAUGGAAUGCUAAAUCUCGGAUGGAGUUACUUUUCAAUUGUCAAGGCGACCGAGAAGGGCGGAGAUUGUAGGGGGAAGAUGGAGGAAGACGAGGUCAAGGGCGCGGCGGCCGGCGGCUGGGCGCCGUCCUUGCGUGGUGGAGAAGAGGCGGCGGCGGCGCAAGAGGCGGCUAGGGUCCUGGGGUCCCUGCAGCUCGACGUCCACGCGGAUAUGAUCUGGCAGACCGCCGACGAAGAGUUCGGCCCGCUGGUGAGCCGUCACGGCGGACGCGUGGCACGCCAGGGCCUGAAAGCGGUCGAUGUAGUCCUGCACCGUAGAGGUGAAGGGAAGGCGGCCCAACUCCGCCAGCCGGCUCCCACGUAUCGGUAG